CUCGAGCGGCCGAGAACCCGAGGGCACGAGCGGCGCGACAUGGAGGCUCCGCCACCGCCACAGCCUGCCGCUUCCGCGGAGCAGCCGGCCCCCGCCGCGGCUUCCUCCCAGCCGCCGGAGCCGACGCAGACGCCAUCUCCGUCUCCGUCUCCCUCGCCCGCCCCGGAUCCCGCGCAGCCACCGCCCGUCUCAGCCCCUCCUCCCCCAUCCGCCGCCCCUUCCGCCGCCCAAAACCCUCCCCAACUCCAGCCCCAGUCGCUUCCUCCGUCUCAGUCUCAGCCGCCACCGCCCCAGCAGCAGUCCCAGCCCCAGCAGCCGAUCCAGCAACCGCGGCCGCCUCUCGUGCGGAACCGUCCCCCCGCCCCUUUCCCUCACUUCUCGCACCACCUUCCCUCUUCCGCUCCUCCCUCCUCCUCCGCCUCCGCCUCCGCCUCUUCCGCCGCGCCUGCUCCUUCUCCUUCUCCUACUGCCGCAUCGCAGAGAGGAGGGCUCGCCAUUGGGGUCCCGGCUCACAGCUCACACCUCCCGAGGGCCCAGCAGCCCGUGGCCACCUAUUCCUCGAUAGGCGCCUCCCCAGCCUUCAAUCAGCCAUUCACUCCGUUGCCUCGCAUGACGGAGCAGUCCUCGGCGGCCAAUGCCCAGGUAAGGCAACCCAUUCAAGGGAUUCAGAAUAUUGGAAUGAUUGGCUCUCUUAGCACUACGACACAGAUUCGACCAGGUGGGGUGACUGGGCCUCCGCAGCAGAGGUUGGUUCAGCCAACAUCAAGAGCAGCAUCUCCAUCAACUAACCAAACUUUAGGUUCACAGAAAUUCCCAAAUUCUGGUUUGAUAAGGGGCCCUUCCAUGGUUUCAUCUGGUUCCAUAUCGUCUGUGCCACAGCAGUCGUUAGUAUCAUCGCAAGGAAAGCAAAUGCCUGCAUCUUCAUCAUCAUUUAGGCCCCAGGCGAAGCCAAAUGUUCUGCAGCAAAGGCCACACAGUCUCCAACAAACUCAACAACCGCCUUCAGCAGCUUCUCAUCAACAGCAAAUACCAACAUCCCAGCAGCAGCAACAACAAAAACAACAACAAUUUCAGAUGCAACUACAACAACAACAGCAACAGCCGCAGUUUCACCAACAACAUUCUUCACCACGUCAAACACAAGAGUACUAUAAUCAACAAAACCUACAGCUAAGGAACCAGCCGCAAUUGCUACAACAACAGCCUGCACGACCUCUUGGACCCGCAACUACUAAGCCAAAUCCGCCUACAUUAGUCCAUACUAAUGUUGCACAACCAGCAGUUACACAUCCAGUUGUUGGUACAGAUGCUGCAGAAUCUGGAGACCAUAUUCUUGGCAAGAGAAGCCUUCGUGAGUUGGUUAGCCAGAUUGAUCCAUCUGAAAAGUUGGAUUCUGAAGUUGAAGAUGUUCUUGUUGAGAUUGCUGAAGAUUUUGUAGAAUCUGUAGCAACUUUUGCUUGCUCCUUGGCUAAGCAUCGAAAAUCUACUACAUUAGAGGCAAAGGACAUACUCCUCCAUGUAGAGAGAAACUGGAACAUGAUGCUACCUGGUUAUGGUGGAGAUGAGAUCAAGUGUUAUAAGAAGCAGUUCACAAAUGAUAUUCACAAAGAGAGGCUUGCUGUGAUUAAGAAGUCAAUGGCUGCAACAGGUGAUGCAGCAAAUCCAAAGAAUGCCUCUGGUGGUCCAGCUGCAGCCAGUUCAAAAUCUCAUGCACAGAAAGCACCUCCCAUUGGUUCUCCCAAGGCUUGAGGUACUUACUAGUUAAGGCAAGCCAGCAAGGAAAAAAAGAUAGUUGCUGCCAUGAGUAGAUCUGUCAUCUGUGUACAUGUGGUUUUAGAGAGAGUCGAGAAGAAGAGUAUACCUGAUUGGAAAUCUAUCUUGUUGAAUUUGUGGGGUCCAAUUGUAAUGCCUUUGGUAGGUGCAAAUUGUUUUCACAAGCUGAGAUGCAUCAAAUUGGGUAUAUUUUCUAGCAGAGUGAUGUAGAAGAGGUUUUGUUUUCCUUAUGCCUUAUGAACUAAACUGUUUCCUCUUUGAAGUCCUCUGAAUUCAGUAUAGUCUUCUGAACUAAACUGUUUCUUUUAAGUGGAAGUGGAUGAAACUGUGAUAUCUUAGGAACA